AUGGCCGGGACCAUUUCGAAGCGCCAGCAGGCUCGCAAUGAGCGCAUGCUGCAAGACCUUCUCCGCUCUGUCCCCGGCAACGACCGCUGCGCAGACUGCGCGGCGAAGAAUCCAGGAUGGGCGAGUUGGAAUCUGGGUGUUUUCUUGUGUAUGCGAUGCGCGGCGCUGCACAGGAAACUCGGGACACACGUGUCGAAAGUCAAAUCGCUGUCUAUGGAUAGCUGGAGCACUGAGCAGGUGGAUAAUAUGAAAAAGGUGGGAAACGUCGCCAGUAACAAGAUCUAUAAUCCGAGGAACGUCAGGCCGGAUAUCCCUGUGGACGCCGAUGAGGUGGAUGCUGCGAUUGAGAAGUACAUACGGCAGAAGUACGACAGCCGGACGCUGUCAGAUGGGAACCGAAGCAAUGCGCCGGCGAGACAGAACACGGGCAGUACAGGCACGGAUCUGGGAUCUUGGAACGAGGAGCCUCCUGAUCUUCCGCCGAAGCCUACCAAGAAGUUUGGCUUCACUCUGCGAUCUUCGAGCUCGACGUUUCCUAGACAGAAGCCCGAACGUUUCACGCCUCCUCUCUCACCGGCCUAUAGCGGAGGCGACAGAUCGAUAGACUUGCCGAGUCCAAAGAGAGAGAACAAACCGAGUCGGUUGUUUGGGAUGAAGAUCACGACGGUGGACAACAACUUCAACGCGAAGUUGGCGCAUCUACGCGAUAUGGGCUUUCCAGACAAUGCUAAGAACACGGAAAUCCUUAAGAGCAUGAACGGGAACUUGGACAAGGCGGUGGAAGCUUUGGUCAGGCUGGGAGAGCAUACUAAGCCCAUCUCGAGAUCAGUCACGCCUCAGCCAGCGCGAGUCUUGACACCUGUGUCUAUGGGAAGCUCGGGUACGAAUGGAAUCACGAUAGAGAAAAAAGCAUCGAACAAUCCGUGGGAGAUUCGGGAAGAGGCCAAACCAGCUCCACCACCACGAGCAGCAUCAGUCCCACCACAAGCGACUGCAGCUAACAACAACUGGAAUCCGUUCUUGCAACCACAACCACAGCAGACCCUAGAGAACAGCUUUCAGAACCUCUCCAUGUCGACGACUAGCUCCCCUGGACCUCAAGGGUAUGCGAAUCAGCAGUCGAUGUAUCAAAGCCCGGCGCAACAGUCGACGAAUCCUUGGCAGACGGCGCAACCGCAGCAAAGCUUUCAGCAGGUUCCACAGCAGCAGGCUAUAUACGCGCAACAACCUGCACCGAUCCAGACGUCCAGCGGAAACCCCUUCAUGCAACAACAACCGCAGGCGCAGACGCUCUCACCAGCGAAUCCUUGGGCCCAGCAAAGCGCGCCAGUCCAGCAGACGAGCAACCCGUUUGGUACGUCGUGGCAACCGCAGCAGCAGCAGAAUUUGGCCCAGCAGUCAUUCGCUGCAUCGCCUCAGCCGAUAUAUGGGCAGCAGCAGGACUUCUUCUCGACCCCUCAGCAACCUGCUCAACAACAGCCGAUCCAGCAACAGCAGUACCAGCCUCAGCAAUCGCAAUAUGCUGCUCCAGCAGGCUCGAAUCCGUGGGCUCAGAACUUGACUCAGCAACCACAACAAGUUCAGCAGCCUCAGCAGCAGUACCAGCAAAUGCAGCCGCAGCAACCGCAACAGGUGCAACAAAUGCAACAACCGCAACAGCAGCAGCAGCCGCAGUACGGGCAAUUUGGCCAGCAGCAGCAGCAAUUCGCGCCUCAACAACAAGCUUCCCGACACGACAAGUCGUCGAUCUUAGCUCUGUACAACUACCCCCAAUUCGCCCCCGCCCGGCCUCUACAAACCCUCCCCGAAAACGGAGCAAUGCCCCAACAACCCGACGUCCCACAACGAAGCGCAACAAUGCCCAUCUCCGCCAUGACAGGUAACAUGAACACCUUCGGACAACAGCCCGUCACCCAACCGCAAGGCUUCAACCACGCCAGCAAGGAAAGCGUCGACUUCCAAGGCUUCGCCAACAGCGGCCGACACAGUCCCGACGCGUUCGCUGGGUUGAGCGCGAGGUACAUGAGAUGA